AUGGCGCGCCGCUCCGCAGCUUCUUCUUUCAUCCCUGCUGCCGCCGAGGACAGCCGCGGCCGCCGUGCGUGGAAGGCCGGCGACCGCCUGUGGGAUAUGCACCUGCAGCCGCCGAAAAUGCUUGCCAAGAACUUGGGGGCGGUGGUUUACAACGAGGAGGGCACGUCAAACGCGGGAAUCCUUGGCCUCCUGAAGCCCGAGCAAGCAUUCGACGCGAAGUUAUUUGCAGCCGAGGCCGUCCGGGGGGAGCGCCACGAGCUCUUCAACCGGCCAACGAUUGGCCUCUCCAUGCUGGUCGGUUCCUUGCAUGCCACGAUGAUUAACCUGCAAGAAGGAGCCGAGGCUGGCAUAUUCAGUGCCACCUUUGCGAAGGAGUACUGCGAGCUGUGUGUGAAAUACGAGAUUGAGGAAGCGAACAAGAUCUUAAACAUCCAGGACCGCGACACGCGUGAUCAUCCGGAUGUAGAAAGAUCGCCCGAUUCCGUGGCUCGAGCUGUCCGGCAAGUGCUGCGGUUCGGGCAAGCGGUGCAUAAGAACUGGGGACGCCACGCAGACGUCCUGGCCCACUGCGCGGGCAUGUACAUCGGCGGCCACUGGGGGCUCACGCUGGCAGCCAGUUUACAAGAAGGCUACCUCGCGAAAGCUGUCCAGGACGUCCAGCUCCAGAGUGAGGAAGGCAAAUCCUCACAUAAGACCCUGAUCGAGGAGACCGUCACCGGCCGAACAAUCGAGAAAUUCUACACCGCCGCAGUGCUGGAGCGCCUGCAGAACCAGCGGCUCCGGGCAGCGCCCAAGGCCGCUGCCUCGAGCAGUGCGCGGCCUGCACUUAUCGAGAUGACGCCAUCCCCGAAGAAACGGCGAGCAACGCACUCUGACAGCUACAUUGCGCUGGAAUUGGCGCUCAAUGAUCUGUGGCACUUUGAGGCAAGCGCGGGCAAGCAAGCGUUGAAGGACCUCGUCCGCAGCAUCAAUUCCCUCACGCCCGAUGUGCAAGCAGAAGACCCCGAGGCCUACAACCAGCUUGUCCACUGGGAUGUCGCCGCAUGGGUGGCGGAAUUGAAGGAGAAUAUGAGCACGGAAGCGGAGCAGGUGGAGGCCCCCCCCCAGAAGGCGAAGAAGCCGAGGAAGGCCAACAAGUGA